ACUUUUAACUUGGAGAUGGAGCAGAACAAAGAAAUUAUGAUCUUGGUGCUUGUGGGUGGAGAACUGAAGCUUCUUAGAACAUCAGCAGUCAGCAAUGAUGUCAUCAACAGUGAUGUCAUCAAGAAUGAUGCAUCCUCAAUGACCCGGAAAGAAAUCGGGCCACAGAAUGGGAACCAGAAUAUUCCGUUACGGAGACAAACUGUUCAUGUUGAGGAAGUGCGGAAGGCAAGACCCAAGUCAGCAAUAAUCGUGACUAGAAGUCAGUCAUUCAAGGACAUGGCAGGCCAGGGGCGAAAUUUGAGUACGCCGUCCCCUGUGUUGGGUGAAGCAUUCCGCCACCAUCGCCCAUCACCAAUCCCGCCCCCACGGAGACACUCUGGUGGUGGGGGAUCAGCAGGGUUUGUGUUCGGUAAAUCACCCAAAGUACCGAAGGUGCCCCGGCCUGGUAGAGCCAUCCUGAUGUUUCACAGUGUGAAGAAAGGCAUCCGAGAAUUUAUUGAAGCCACAAAGGAAGACAUACAACAAAUGAAUCAAAGGGAGCCAGAAGGCACCUCAACGUCACAGGGACGACAUCUUGAGGUUGACAAGCAAAUCAAAGCAGCUGAGAGAUAUCUCAAGCGAUUGGAGUUCCAUUUGGCAAAGCUGGAUGAGCUUCACGAGUUCUAUCUGCUGCAACAGCAGCUGCGGGAGGGCGUGCGCACGAUGCACCGAGCCUACGUCACGUCGCCAGGCAACCAGCGGAACACGCUCUCCAGUGUCAAGUAUGGCUACAAGGAGUGCACACAGAACAUGUGCAACAUUGAGGCUCAACUCGAGGCCAUGAUGGGCACCUUCAACUGUAAACUGAAAGGAAUGGCAGGGUUUGCACGCUUGUGCCCAGGAGAUGUUUUUGAGGUGACUGUACGACAUGGAGCCCAGAAAUGGAAGACCAAAGGUCGCAUCGAGAAGUCAGGAAACCAGAAAUGGGACAUCCCAGAGUUCAAUUUUAAGGCAAUCAUUGGAGAUGUAAUCAGUAUUAAGGGGUUAGAGGUUCGAGCCUUCAAGUCUGUGUUGCUGGGCCAGAAGAGUUGUGAGACGAAGGACCUGUUCUCUGCCAACCCUCAGCUGAUGACGGUCUCUAUCAACGUGAACGGCUCAUUAAAACUCAGCAUCGUCAUCACCUGGAAUCCAUUGGAUGGAGUGGAUGAGUCACAGACCUUUGUGGAUCCCAUGAUAUCACGUGGGCCCCAGGGCACGCCAAGACGGACCCGGCCUGUGUCAGUGAUUGCACUCAACGGACAAUAUGGUGAUAUUGGCAAUGGGGAACCCCAGAUGGUGAGCAUGACUCAAACAAAGGAUGAUAACUUCAUUCUGCGAACCAACGCACCCUCGUCAUUAAACAACAUGUCUUCCUUCCACGGGCCAGAUAGCCCAUAUGUUCAGUCGCGCCUGAGUGACCACUUGCCAGACGCUUACAAACAAUCAGGACCUUUGCUUUCACAGACAAGUGGUCACGUGCAGGCUGGAUUCUAUUCUAGUCCCGCCCUUAUGACAACAGGUGCAAGCGGACAAGACACACCAGUGCAAACAGUUUCAAAUUCCAGUGUGACCAAUCGCAAUCAAAAUAGUGCUUUAGUGACAUCUUUGCCAUCUGUGUUACACUACCCGAGCAUGACUGCUCAUGGUGCGCCUGGUGCAAUUGUGGAGGAGAGUAGUGCGUUGAACAUUGAAGACGUUUUACACAAUCUUAGUUCUACCCUUGAGGACUAUCAUGGCCAGUACCCAGUUCUGCAGAGAUUAGAAGACCUAGUUAAACUUGCACAAAAACUGAUACGGAAACAGUUCCGACACAGUUCACGCUCGUCAAGUAUCAGUGUUUCGAUUGAGAGUGCCCUAGAAGCAUUUGAUUUCUUGAACACAGAAGACGGCCCGGAAGAACUCCAUUCCCCCACUGAUCCUGCUGUUAAGAAGGUGCUGGCUUCUUUUGAGUUUCUGAGUCAGGAAGACUCACCUCCAUCAGUCACUACAGCCAAGACUAGUUUUGACGAUAUGUUAUGCAGCCCGGAGUCCACUGCGAAGACGGGUGACUCUGGAAUUGAGAGUCUCGCCCAGCGGCUCAGUGAGGACACACAGCUGGGCUCCAGUCUGGGCUCCAGUCCCCUCCCACCCUCCACUGGCAAUGAUGAGGUGGAUCAGUGUCUUCUCUAUCACCUGACUUACUGCGAGAGACUGCUAGAGAACCUGGGUGCCUUUGGACCGUUGAAGUGUCGUGAGAUAUAUGCCCUGGACAAGCUCCAGAAGCAGUGUGCCGUGGUAGAGGGCCUCCUGCAACUUGCCAAGGCUGGGCCAAGUGUCAACUUACAUCAAGUGUUAUCAAGCCUGUGCGAGGACAAAGCCUUGAAGGAAUUCUGGGUAAAGAGUACGGAGGAGAACAGUCUUUAUGUGCAUCCUGACCGUCUGCUGUCUGUCCUGGAGCAGAAGUACGCAGCUGUGAUCUCAGAGACAUAUUUAAUGGACCAUGUUAGAGUUUGUGAGCAUGUGCUGACAAGGGUGUUGGAUAUCCCUGAGUAUGGGGCAGAAAAGGGGCGUCCCUGGUUUGUGGUUACACUCCACCAAUUCAUGCUACAUUUCAUUGAAGAGGGCGGUCUCAAGCAUGUGGAAAAUGUAGCUAAAGAAUUGAAACUUGUGGAGAAGCUGACCACCAACAACCCUGACAUUGUGAUCAAGGCCAUUCUGACCUUGAGGGACGCCAUGCCCUCUCCGCCUUGCCUCAAGGUCAUUGCCAUGCUGCUGGUGACCAUAGAUACCGAAGUGGAGCAAUGCAUAAUUUCCUACUUGAACCUGAUACAGAAGAGGAAAGAGAACCGUGACAAAGCCCUGGUCACCUUUGUAGAAGGGCUGGAGGAUCGUACAGCCGAGAUACGUGCGGGUGCUUGUGCUGCUCUAGCAGUCCUCGAGGCAAGUGAAAGCAUAGAUCAGCUGGUGUACCUGUGGCAGUCAGAUUUAUCUCCCUUUGUGCAAAAUGCUGCAAAGAAGGCACUGCUAGCAAUGGGUGACGUGGGUAGGAAGGCUUUCGAAGAGGCCCAGCUCUCCAAGCAUGGUUUUCAAGGGAUACACGUUCAUAAGUGAGGAUGUCACCAUGGCGACCAGAGGUUUAAUCAUGGUAACUGAAUGUUUCACAGUGGCAACCAAACAUUUAACCAAGGCAACUGAAGGGUUCACAAUUGCAAUCAUUUAACCAUGGCAAUCAAAUGUUUAACCAUGGUAACUGCACCUUCUACAAUUGCAGUCAAAUAUUCAACCAUGGCAACCAAAGUUUGAUCAUGGCACAGUUCACAAUGGCAACCAAACAUUUAUCAUGGCUAUGAAAGGGUCUAACCUUGGCAACUUAGGUUCAAAGCAUUCCUGUACUAUAUUAGUGCUCAUCCAUCGUUAUGAACGGGAAACAAAUGACAGAAAAUGCUAUAAAAUGGUAAAUGAGCAUAUAUCGUAUGACACAAAGGAUGUGAUAAACGUGUUCUUACAAUACACCACUGUGUUUGUGUGUAUUGAAUGUACCUCCACAGGGAAUAAGUGAUUGUACAUGUAUUAGAGUUGGGAUUGUGUGAUUUUAUUACACAAUUGGUUAGUUUUCUUUCACUCUUGCUCUUCACUUAUAAUGUAACUUAUAAUGUAACCUUUUUCUUUUUUAAUAAAGGAAUAUGGCGUCUGCUGUUCACAAACAAACCUUGCCUACUUUGCAAAAAAAAUAAAACAAUAGGAUGUAGGUUUCCUCAUUUAAUGUUUGAUAAAAUGUCACUUAAAUCAAGAAAUACUUUCAGAAUAUAAAUAUUUGCAAAAUAUGACACAAAUUGCUGCCCUGUUCGAAAUAAGAUAAAUGUGGUCUACAGAAUAGUUUGAUAAGUCAAAGCCCGAAGAAAGUGAAUACAUAAUUUAAUUGUUUACAACUUAUGGCUUCAGCCAAUGACAUUUUUUAUUGACCAAAAUGUGUGUUUCUACAAAAAAAAUGUAUAGCUGUGAUGGUUAAAUGAACUAGAUUUAUUUAGAUAUUUUCUUUCAGUUCAUUACCAGAAAUUCUUCACUUAUUAAAACGGUUGUCAUUCUUUAAUGAUUCUUCUGUAAAUUGAACCGAACGUUUGUUAUGUAUGACAAUCAUUGUGUGAACAAGAAGAUAUUGGCCAGUAAAAUAUAUGAGAUAAUUAUUGUUCAAGGUAUUGAAAAUCCCAAUUUUGUUUUUUUAAUGUUGAAGGAACAGAUUAAUAAACUGCUUUUUUUUUUCAUUGCAUUUAGUUGUAAAUAAAAAAAGAGACAAAAAAGAAAUGGAUAGAAUUAUUUUUAAAACAAGUUUCCGUUGAUGAACUUAUUGCAAAUGUGUUUAUGGUAUUAAAGCUCUUGCAAUAGCAUUUAAUAACUAUUUAGAUGUAUAUCAGCAAUGCUCAGUGCAAUAACAAGAUAAUUAUUUGUGUUAUUCUAGUUUACAGAUGCAACUGACAUUUUGUGAAUUCAUAGCUUAAUUUGAUUUAGUGAAUCAAAUUGUUUGCAUGAUUAAGAUGUAUCACAUACCUUACUUGUCUUUACAAUACAUUGUGUUAUAUUUCAAAAGAGUAGAUUUGUAUUGAAUAAACAUGAUAUUAAUAAUCGUAUUCAUGAAAGUGUGUAAUAUAAAUCUUAUAUAUGUGCUCUGUAAAUAACAAAGUUUCUGUUUGUGUUUCUUUUUGUAUGUUACAAUGUUUAAUAGUUUACAUGUUGAUUACAUUCAAGAAUUAUUUUAGUUAUCAGCGAAUUCGUGAUAAAUUAAACAUGCUUCUUAGUCAUCCUGAAUUUGCAGUAUAAUAUUGUUUCGCAGCCGGGCUAUCAUUACUUCCAUUCACAUGUAUUAUUUAAUACUGUUGCUAUUGAAUUUGCAGUAUAAUAUUGUUUCGCAGCCGGGCUAUCAUUACUUCCAUUCACAUGUAUUAUUUAAUACUGUUGCUUCUUGAAUGUAUCGGCAUUUCAAUGUGUUUUGGCACCAAACUAUUUUUGCAAAAAUUUAAUAGAUAACACUUUCCUCAUUAAAACCGAAUUUGAGUUUCGACAUUUGUUUCAAUGGAUAUGAGGAAAGUCAGAUUCUUUUUCCACUACAUUGUAUUUCCUAAAAUAAAACUGAUAUAAAUCCUGAUUUAUCAUUGACAUGGUCUGCCUGUAUGCUUCUUUGUUCCAAAGAGUCAGUUUAGAGAUUAUUAUUAUAAUACAUUAAAAUAUAUGUAAACUGUAUAACUGUUGUUGUUUUUAGUUCUUCGCUUGCGAAGGACUAAGGUUGUGAGUGUGUUUUGCAAGUCAGUAUGCUUUAGCUACGCUAGGAACGGUAACUGCAAGUCUACUACGCUAGGAACAAAAACCACUGCCUGUCUGCACUACCUGCAGUAUAAUUAUGCAGACGACGAAUGCUAGAAUGCUAGGAGCGUCUGCUCUUCUACUGCUUUGUGCAGUGAGUGUAUUUAAUCAAUAGUGUUUACCAGCUUGUAAGACAACAUUGGCCAGCCUAGUGUUUAUACUCCCAUUACCAUUGGUAAUGGGGGCUAUAUAGGAGUCACUUUGUCGGUCGGUCUGUCUGUCUGUCUGUCCCGAAAUUUCAUCCGAUCUUGGUCGAUAGCUGUAUCUAGAUGAUGUCUAGGUCAAGUUUGAAUAUGGGUCAUGCCAGGUCAAAAACUAGGUCACGGGUCACUUAGUGUGUUUUAAACUGAAAGUUUGUCCGGACCAUAACUAUGUCAUUUAUCGUUACAUUUUAAAAUGACUUGGUACAUUUGUUCAUCAUCAUGAGACGGUGUGUCAUGUGAACAAAGUACGUCGAUAUCUCAAAGGGCUAGGUCACACUUGCAGUUCAAAGGUCAAAUGCUUGUCUGGGCCAUAACUUUGGCAUUUAUUGAGAGAUUUUAAAAUCAUUUUGCAAAUUAGUUCAACAUCAUUGGACAGUGUGUUGCGCGAAAGAAUUAUGUCGAUAUCUCCAAGGUCAAGGUCACACUUUGAGUUCAACGAUCAUAAAUUAGCUUGUCCGGACCAUAACUAUGUCAUUCAUUGUAAGAUUUUAAAAUCAUUUGGCACAUUUGUUCACCAUCAUUGGAUGGUGUGUUGCGAGAUAGAAUUACGUCAAUAUCUCCAAGGUCAAGAUCACACUUAAAGAUUAAAGGUAAAAAAUGGCCAUAAAUGACCUUGUCCGGGCCAUAACUAUGUUGUUCAGUGUGAGAUUUUAAAAUCAUUUGGCACAUUUGUUCACCAUCAUUGGACGGUGAGUCGCGUGAAAGAAUUACAUUGAUAUCUCCAAAGUCAAGGUCACACUUUGAGUUUAAAGGUGAAAAAAUGGCCAUAAAUGAGCUUGUCCGGGCCAUAAAUAUGUUGUUCAUUGUGAGAUUUUGAAAAUCAUUUGGCACAUAUGUUCACCAUCAUUUGACGGUGUGUCACGCGAAAGAAUUACGUCGAUAUCUCCAAGGUCAAGGUAACAUUUUGAUUUCAAAGGUCAAAAAUGGCCAUAAAUGAGCUUGUCCGGGCCAUAACUAUGUCGUUCAUUGUGAGAUUUUUAAAUCAUUUGGCACAUUUGUUCACCAUCAUUGGACGGUGUGUCACUCAAAAGAAUUACGUCGAUAUCUUCAAGGUCAAGGUCAAACUUUGAGUUCAAAGGUAAAAAAUGGCCAUAAAUGAGCUUGUCCGGGCCAUAACUAUGUAGUUUAUUGUGAGAUUUUAAAACCAUUUGGCUUUUUGUUUACCAUCAUUGGAGGGUGUGUUGCGCAAAAGAAUUAUGUCGAUAUCUCCAAGGUCAAGGUCACACUUUGAUUUCAAAGGUCAAAAAUGGCAAUAAAUGAUCUUGUCUGGGCCAUAACUAUGCCAUUCAUUGUAAGAUUUAAAAAUGACUCUGUGCAUUAAUUUUGUUCACAGUCAUUGGACGGCGUGUCAUGUGAAAGAACUCUAAGAGUUCAAAGGUCAAAAUGGCUAUAAAUGAUAAUGGCAUAAUAAUUCUUAAAAAUUGCCAAAAAUUAGAUUCUCUUGUUUUGUGAAGACAGGAUGAAAAAUAGUCUGUGUCAAUGCGGCAUGUGGGGGUAUACGUCACGUCUGUGACAAGGCUCUAGUUGUCAUUGAAAUCUGUACAUAUUGGCUGCUUUCAGGGAAAACGGGGCUUAAUGCAUGUCAAAUAAGAUUAGCCUGUGCACACUGAUUAGCCUGUGCAAUGAGCACAAGCUAAUGAAGGACGACACUUCUGAUUUUAUGGUGUUUUCGUUUAGAGUGAGUCUCUGGUACUGGGAUGACAAUUAAGGCGUAUGCAUUAAGCCCUGUUUUCCAAAAUUGAAGCUUAAAUUAUCUUGUUUUUCCUUAUGACGAUGUGCUUGUGAUUUUGCUUAACUGUGAAGUCUAUGCAGCCGUUUUAUGGCACUAUACACAUGCGUUUGUGAGCAAUUUAAAACAAAAGUAUAAGAAAGUACCAAAAAUUCAGACAGUAAAGCCUGUAUCUAAUACACAACUGUUUACUAAUGGUCCUCACAGAACGUGAAUUGUUUACUUGUUGAAAUUAUUCUUAUAUUAAAUUACAUUAUGACACAAUACCGUGUUAAAGCGGUGCUACCGUAGAUUUGGUUAAUCCCAGGCCUGUAUUAGUCCCCUAUCGGUUUCACCGGAGGGGACUUGUGGUUUUCGCUCUGUGUGUCUGUCACACUCUUCUGGAUCCUGUGAUAACUUAAAAAGUUCUUAAUAUUUUUUCAUGUAACUUGAAACAUGGAUAGAUGGCAAUAUGGACAUUAUGCACGUCAUUUCAUUUUGUUCCUACCUCAAGAAUUCUGGUUGCUAUGGCAACAAAUAGACUAGAAAUACUGCUGAAAAUGGUAUUUUUUCUGGAUCCUGCGAUAACUUUAAAAGUUCUUAAAUUUGUUCAUGAAACUUGAAACAUGGAUAGAUGGCAAUAUGGACAUUAUGCACGUCACUUCAUUUUGUUCCUACGUCAAGAAUUCUGGUUCCUAUGGCAACAAAUAGACUAGAAAUACUGCUGAAAAUGGUGUGUUUUUUCUGGAUCCUGCGAUAACUUUAAAAGUUCUUAAUAUUUUUUCAUGAAACUUGAAACAUGGAUAGAUGGCAAUAUGGACAUUAUGCACGUCACUUCAUUUUGUUCCUACAUCAAAAAUUAUGGUUGCUAUGGCAACAAAUAGCCUAGAAAUACUGCUAAAAAUUGUGUUUUUUUCUGGGUCCUGCGGUGACUUUAAAAGUUCUUUUUUUUUCAUGAAACUUGAAACAUGGAUAGAUGGCAAUAUGGACAUUAUGCACGUCAUUUCAUUUUGUUCCUCCGCCAAAAAUUCUGGUUGCUAUGGCAUCAAAUAGACUAGAAAUACUGCUGAAAAUGGUGGUUUUCUGGAUCCUGCGAUAACUUUAAAAGUUCUUCAUAUUUUUGUACAAAUGAAACUUCCAACAUGGAUAGAUGGCAAUAUAGACAUUAUGCACGUCAUUUCAUUUUGUUCCUACGUCAAAUAUUCUGGUUGCUAUGGCAACAAAAAAUAUUAUGACAAUGCUGAUUGGCGAACUCGAUUGUUUUUCGGUCCCGGGCACACUAAAGCAAGAGGGCAACGCUUUUUUCGAAUAUUUAUUAAGCAGUUUGCAACAGCUUGCAUAAUAAAUGUAAACAAUACACAUGCAUACAGAUCAAUAAAAUGUAAACCAAGA